GGAGCCGCUCCGAAGAGACCCUUUCCUGCAGAGGCCGCAGCCACUCCCAGCCACCGCCCCGUGCCACAAAGGAAUAUGAAGAGAAAGCCCUUGAAGAUUGGGAUCCUCACAGGACUGCUCCUUGUGCUCACUGUUUGUGCUGCAGUUUUCUUUGGGCUGCGCUCUAAGGCAUCAGGUGCUCCACAGAGGAUGCACAUUUACAAGAAUGCAGCUGUGGCCACAGAUGCUGCCCCAUGCUCCACGAUCGGGAGGGCUACCCUUCAGAGAGGGGGAUCUGCUGUGGACGCUGCAAUCUCUGCUCUUCUCUGUGUGGGCUUGAUGAAUCCUCACAGCAUGGGCAUCGGAGGGGGCCUCUUCUUCACCAUUCGGACACCGGAUGGGAAAGUGGAAGUCAUCAAUGCCAGAGAGGUGGCGCCCCAGAACGCAUCCCGGGAUAUGUUUGGCAACAACACAGAGCUAUCCCAGAGAGGAGGAUUGUCCAUUGCGGUGCCGGGGGAAAUCCGCGGCUAUGAACUGGCACACAAGCGCCACGGCAAGCUGCCCUGGAAGGAGCUGUUUCUGCCCAGCAUCAAACUGGCAAGAGAAGGCUUCCCUGUGGGGAAGGCGUUGGCCGCAGCCCUGACCAGCACGAGCAGCUUGGUCGAAAGCAGUCCAGCCUUGUGUGAAGUCUUCUGCAAAAAAGGGAAAGUCCUCCAGGAGAAUGACACCCUCACACUGGCCCACUUAGCGAACACCUACGAGAUCUUAGCCAAUGAAGGACCAGAUGCUUUUUACAUGGGGAGUUUAGCUCAGCAAAUUGUUGCAGACAUCCAGAAAGCAGGAGGAAUCAUUACCAUGGAAGACCUGAGGGAAUACCGGCCAAUUCUGGAUGAGAGUCCUCUAAAAGUCACCCUUGGCGAGUUCACUAUGUACACUCCCAGCGCCCCACUGAGCGGGGCUGUGCUGACCCUCAUCCUCAACAUCCUGCAAGGAUUCAAUUUCUCUCGGAACAGCAUCGCUACUUUGGAGGAAAAGGCCUUGACUUACCAUCGCAUUGUGGAGGCCUUUCGCUUUGCCUAUGCGAAGAGGACCUUACUUGGAGACCCUGCCUUUGUCAACAUCACGGGGGUGAUUAGAAACAUGACCUCUGUAUCCUUUGCCGAUGGGCUGCGGGCCAAAAUCACCAACAUCAGCCAUGACAUUGGCUAUUAUGAACCUGAGUACCACACUCCCGAUGAUGCUGGCACCUCUCACCUCUCUGUUGUGGCUGAAGAUGGCAGCGCAGUCUCCACCACCAGCACCAUCAACCAGUAUUUUGGCUCUGGCGUUCGUUCCCCUGUGAGCGGAAUUAUAUUCAAUGACGAGAUGGACGACUUCAGCUCCCCCCAUAUCAUUAAUGGCUUUGGGGUUCCCCCUUCGGCGGCAAACUUCAUUGCUCCAGGGAAGCAGCCUCUCUCUUCCAUGUGCCCCUCCAUUCUGGUGGAUAAGCGGAAUGCGGUCCGGAUGGUGGUCGGUGCUUCUGGAGGUACAAAAAUCACCACGGCGACAGCACUGACAAUCAUCAGUUCCCUCUGGUUUGGCUACGAUAUCAAGGCAGCAGUCGAGGCGCCAAGAGUCCAUAACCAGCUGCUUCCUCCUGUUACUGUACUGGAGCAGAAUGUGGAAAAGGAGCUAGAAGUGGAGCUAGAGAAAAGAAAGCAUGAGACCAGGCGGGACAGUGUGGGGGCUGUUGUUCAGGCCAUCGUCUGGACGGAAGAUGGCUGGGCUGCAGCGUCCGACUCACGGAAGGGGGGCUGCCCAGACGGAUACUGA